AUGGACGCCCACCGUAACCGCAGCUUCUUCUUCGUCGUCGUCGUUGCUGCCGCUGCGAUGUUCACCAUGAGCUUCGUGGGGUGUGCCGACGCCGUGAGGCCCAUGCCAUCGAGCCCGGCGUCCUCCACCACGGCGUCCGCGCUGGUGUCGUCGUUGAUGGAGAUGCUACCCAUGGGGCCCAGCGGAGGAGGCGCGGGGCACUGA